GUGGAUUGCUGAGAAGAGCUUCCGGGUGGGUUUGAGAAGCCGGUAGGGAAGUGUAUUCUAGAGCCCGCAAGGUUUUUGGAGGUCAUCUGGUUUCCUUUUUUUAAACUGAUGGAGAAACCGAGGACCGGAAAGGUUAAGUGACUUGCCCCAAGUCCACACAUUUAGUAAAUGUAUGAGGCAAAUUUGGAACCUUGGUCAACUUGACACUACUAGUUCACUGCAGUCCUCGAUUCCCAAGCACUGCUCUUGGAACCCUCGGUACCAAGAAAUGGGGAUGGAGAUACCACGGAAGACUUGUUUGAGAAGAACGUGGGAGGCUUUAGUCUGUUUCCCAAGGGUCUUUGCUGAAGAAAGCACCAUUGCAACUGCCUCACGCCCCUCCCCAGAGGAAACUCUGCCUCAUCACAUUAAGGGUCCAGUUUACCCAGAGACAGGAUGGGAACGCCUCAAGGAGCUCCUUGUCAGAGAUGAACACCAACCAGUACCACAGGAAAUUGACUAUAUUUUCAAAGCAGCCACUACAGGGGCAAUCGUUGGUUGGAUAUAUGGGGGCAUACCUGCUUUUUAUCAUGCCAAACAGCGUUAUAUUUCACAGAGCCAUGCAGAGAUUUAUUACAGCCGAUUUGAUGCUGUGCAAUCUGCCCAGCGAGCUGCCAUUCGAGGGUUCAUUCGGUAUGGCUGGCGGUGGAGUUGGAGAACAGCCUUGUUUGUAACUAUAUUUAACACAGUGAGCACUGGUCUGAAUGUAUAUCGAAAUAAGAAUGCCUUAAGCCAUUUUGUUGUUGCAGGAGCUGCUACUGGAGGUCUUUUCAGAUUUUACUUGGGUCUGAGUAGUAUGCUGGCUGGUGGUUUGUUUGGAGCCAUUCUGGGGGUUCCUUUCGGGGUCAUGAUCAUGGCCAUCGAGAAGUAUCAGGGAGAGACUGUUUGGGACAGAAAACAGAAGGCACGGAAGGAUCUCUAUGAGUUAAAGCUGGAUGAAUGGAAGGCCAGGCUACAUGUUACUGAUGCUGUCACUGAAGAGUUUAAAAGUAACUUAGGGAAAAAUCAAACAGAAAAAGAUGUAAAGAGAAUUGAAGAGCUGUUAAAUCUUCCUAGAAACCCUUCUUCAACAACAGAUAGUGAAGAUGAGUGAGCUGGUGUUUUUUUAAAAAGGGAUCUAGAUGAAUUAUUAUGUUCCGAAAGUGUUUAAUUUUAAACCCUUACCUUCCAUCUUGGAGUCAAUACUGUGUAUUGGCUCCAAGGCAGAAGAGUGGUAAGGGCUAGGCAAUGGGAGUUAAGUGACUUGUCCAGGGUCACACAGCUGGGAAGUGUCUGAGGCCACAACUGAACCCAGGACCUCUUGUCUCUAGGCCUGACUUUCUGUCUCCUGAGCCACCUGCCUCUGAGUUCCUAAAGUUUUAAUCAUGAGCAUUGUGCUUAUGUUGUACUCUUGCAUCAAGUAAACACUGACUCAUGAAAUAUUGAUGUAUGACCGGGGCUGGGAGCCUUUACUAAAAGUUGGGCUGCUGAACAUGGUAUCUGUUUUCUUCUUCUGAAUUUAAGGAGUUUAUUCUUUUUUUUCUUCCCAAAUGCAAGAAAAAGUUCAAAGACUUCCUUGAGUUUUUAUCUUUGUUUAUGUAUUAACAUUCUUCUAAAAGAGAAGGUUGGAAGAGGACCCCCAAAAUAGGAAAUAGAAUGAACAAGCUGGCCAAAAGCUUAUGGAAGGUCAUUAUGUCAUUGAAUGAUUGCCUCAUAAAACGAGUACAGGUCUGAAUAGGUUUUUUAAAAAUAAAAAUGUUUAUUUAAAUACA